AUGCCGCCUGCCAGCUUCAAUGACGAUCGGAGUGUGGAUCGAAUAUCGAUGAUUUCAUCGGAUGAUGAAAUUUCCGUUUCGAGUCGUCGGAUCUAUAAGGAGGCCCGCGGUGGAAAGCCCAUGACCACCGAGAGAGCUCACGACGCUUAUAUGGCAUGGUUCCUUCCCGACCAGGAACUAGGUCAGGUUUGGAGGCAAUGGGACGCAAAAGGCCAGCGUCCAUUUCCACGGCCCCCCGAUAAAGACGUCGAUCUGCACGUUCUGGCCCACAAUGUUUACGAGCACCUGAUGAGCGAUCCUCUGCUGCCUGCGGCCGUGGAAAGGAGCGCGCAAAAUUUGGCCGAGCAAGGUCUUGAUCGGCUUUAUGAUCUCUCUCCAAACAUGCAGCAGACAAAAAACGCGGCGAUUCAGUCUGGCAAUCUCGGGUACUUGGAUCUUCUCAACCUGAAGCAGCUGCAAUCACAAUGCAAGAAAUUAGGUCUGGACUUCUCCGGAAAAGCAGCUGAGCUUCGAGCGCGGAUUACUGCUGCCACUAUGGAUGACUGGUCGGGGAUGCUGGUGCAAAGCGACCUUUCUCACUGGGGCAUUCUACGAGAAAGGAAAUUUGAUUUGGAACCCUGGAAAAAACCAAAGGCAACAGCGCUGGAGAUGUACACCGUCGCCAUUCAGAUCAGCCCAUACAACCCCACAUAUUGGGUCAGUCGUGCAUACUGCCAUUAUCUGAUGGGCUUUUUUGAUCUCGCUAUUGGUGAUGCAUACCGAGCGGGGGUCCUUUGCGAUGUGUUAGAGCAAUCCUCGGAGCGUAAUCGGCGACCGGGAUUCUAUGCACGAAUCUGGGAGGCAAUUGAGGCUCACUUGAUGGCUGUCCCUCGCGAUACGCAGAGAGACCUCAAGCCUGAGGUUGUUCGCAUGAGAAAGGCAAAUGGCAUCAACGCCUUCGUUCCAACACUUCAAACAGCUCUGCACAGUAUCAUCAGCUUGAGCCUUGCAGGUCUAAAUGCGUGGCACGACUACGGUGAUCAUAUGAAGAUUCUUGACCGAAGACUGGGCAUGCCAGACCGCGAUGUACGCGUGCCGCAACUUCGCACAAAACUCGGCAGGAAAGCUUCCAAGUUCCAUCAAAAUCAGACCCAGUCGGCAAAAGAGCACUUCUUUCAUGAGAAGAGUGCGGGCGAAGUCCCUGCGAAUCGGCCAUAUCCUUUCGAAAAGCAAGAUGUCAACCGGACGUCGCCGACGUUUCUCCAAAAGAUCAACCAAAGUCUGUUUGGCGAAGGAAGCUCAUCAAAUGAGAAGAGGAAGCCAUUGUGUCGAGUCGAUAAAUCCGACCAAAGCCAGGAGAUUGCAGUAUUUGCUAGUGGGAAGGUCCCGAAAGACCAUGUCAUUUUUAUCGAAGAGCCAACGAUACGGGGCCAUCUUCCUCCACGACGCUUGUUCCAAGACUUCUCCGGCAAAGCCAUCGAUCAGCACCGAUGCGAAAAUUGCAUGAAAGAAAUAAAGGUCCCCCAGCACUGGGAGAAAGAGUUCACAGAAAAAAAAUGCCCCUGCGCUGACAGAUGGCUCCGUCAUCCUGACUCACCCGGUCGGUUAUUUUGUAAGCCGAGCCUGCAAUCAAAAAGCGACAAAGGGUGCCUGGAGAUUGCUCGUCAGGUACACCACUUCAGUUCCUGUGGUAGAGACUGGACCUGGCUUUACGACGCGAUGAGACCAGUUGCCACUAAAUGGGAGGACCAGGAGUAUUUCUCUCACACCAACGGGGCUCAUGGGACACUUCUCAUGCUCCUUCUACGAAACGUCUUCGAGAUUGCACUCCACCGCCGCAGUGAAGAGCCAGAAGAAGACAUGCGACUUAACCCUCAUGAAAUCGAUGAGCUUCUAGUCCUGGACAGUUCGAGUGAGUCAUGGCGGAACAGUUGGUUUCCUUUCAGCAUGGCCGCAAAUAUCAGGGUGCCUUUCGAUAUUCUGGAGACCCUUGGCGUAGACAUCUUUCAACGAUCGGAAUUUGACACAUGGGUCAUCCAACUCAUCUUGAGAAAGCUUCUGGUCAACGCCGUGCCCUGGGAUUCACGCCGCCAAGGCGACGUGUCGGACCGAUUCGCGCAUGAUCAAGACAAAAAGGUCUACGCUCCCAAGGCGCAGUUCAAACUCAUGCUACAGGAAAAACCGGUAACGAAUCUCGAUCCAUCUCUGGAAAACUUGUAUCUUUUUCCCGGGCUGAGUAUGUUUAACCAUUCAUGUGACAAUUCGCACAAUGCCGAUUGGGGCUAUGACAAUGUCAUCCCAAAUCGGGUUGUUAUAUGGGCAACGAAGCCUAUUGCCCCAGGCGAAGAAAUCCGAAUCCGCUAUCGAAGCCACGCCAUCAAGUCUCGCGUCUGUGCGAUGAGACUGUUCGGUGGGGAAUGUCGAUGUCCUCGGUGCUUGAAAGACUCGCAGCUCUCAGAGAGUCCAGACCCAGGCGACUUGGCUAGCCAGGAAGAUUCACUCGAUGAGGAGACCUCCGCCGUGAACACUGUACAAUCGCGAGACGAGUCCUGGCGGGCAAGCGAUCUCUCCGAGAGUGCAUCCGAUGAUCUUUCCUACUCCAACCCAAGUAAUGUCAUUGAUUUGACCGAGUCUCAUCUGCCCGGACAAACCAGUGAUCACGCCGUUGUUGGAGAUGGGAAAGUUGUCUUUUACCGCGAGCUCACCAGUCCAAUUCCCAUGAGUCCCCGACUACGCAAAAGGAAGGCCAAGGAGCCGGAUGAGCCUUGUUACAGAGCAAAAAUAAUCACCGACGUCAAUGGCCGCAGAUUGAAAGCCCAACAGACCCAGUGGAUCGCGCAAAAUGGGCCCGCCAGUACCGAGAAGAAUUAA